AUGUCAGCACCAUUAAGACGCUUGGAGCCAGCGAAAAAUCCAGGUCUUCCUUCAAAAAUUACGCCAGAACAAACGUACUGGCGUGGGUUUCGGAGCCCUUUAUUAGUCAAGGAAAAUAAUGCAGUAAACCACAUCCAUUUCAAUCCUCAAAGUCCGCAUGAUUUCGCAGUCACAAGCAGCACAAGAGUUCAAAUAUUUUCAGCUAAAACGCGACAAGUAGUUCGAACUAUUGCGCGGUUUAAAGACACUGUUUAUAGCGGUGAAUUUAGAUCUGAUGGCAAGCUACUUGUUGCAGGCGAUGCUACAGGGUUAGUUCAGGUUUUUGAUGCCAGUUCGCGCUCAAUUCUUGUCACAUUACAGCCUACUCUCCAUCCUACUCAUGUAACUAAAUUUCAUCCAUCAUCUCUUACAACUCUUCUUACCGCUUCUGACGACAAAGUGGCUCGAUUAUACGAUAUAACUGCUUCAAAACCAGUUGCCACAUUUGAUCAACACGGGGAUUAUAUCCGAACUGCUUGUUUUGUCCCUGAUUCUACAUUGAUAGCUACAGGCUGUUACGAUGGCAUUUUUCGCAUUUUUGAUUCUAGAGCUCCUGCAGAAGGCCCAGUUUUUCAAUACAAUCAAAAUUCUCAAGUUGAAAGUGUAUUGGCCUUAAAUUCAACAACAGUUGUUUUGGCAGGAGGUCCCUUUGUUAAAGUUUGGGAUAUAACUGCUGGAAAAAUGAUUAAAAACUUUUCCAACUUCCAAAAAGCAGUCACUACAUUAUCAGACGCUGGGCCUGGAAAAGGAUUAAUUGCAGGAUCUCUGGAUGGCCAUGUUAAGGUUUUUGACUAUUCUACUCCUAACUGGGAAGUAACAUUUGGUUGGAAAUUUGGUGGACCUGUUUUAAGUAGCGCAGUGAGCCCAGACCAUAAGCAUUUUGUUACAGGUUUGGCUUCUGGCUUACUGUCUAUUAGAACUCGUAAGACAGAAGGAAAAGAAAUCAGGGGUCCUAAGGGUCCUAAAACUAGCAAUAUUAAAAGAUUAUUAAGGGGUUUAGAGUAUCACGGCGAGCUGGAGCACCGCAUUAUUGAUGAUACUGUACCACAUGAUCAUAUAUCGAGGAAAAAGACACCUUUGUGGGAGCGCCAUUUACGAGCAUUCAGAUGGGCUGAUUCAUUAGACGCUGCUAUAGAAUCAAAAGCGCCUAUUGAAGUUAAACUAUUAGUUCUUGAAGAGCUAAGAAAACGUGGAAAAGUUCAAAGAAGUUUGGCAGGGCGAGACGAAGCAUCAUUGGAACCUCUAUUAAGGUGGUCAUUUAAAGCAAUUAAGGAUUUCCGUGCUUUACCAGUAGUUGCUGAUUUCCUUUCUGUUAUUUUGGACAUGUAUGGUCCACUAAUCGAAAUCUCUCCCCUUUUAGAACAACGAAUUCUUGAACUGCGAAGUUUACUUAUUUCAGAAGUCAAUGUUGUCGAGGAAGCUCAAAAACUUCAAGGCAUGAUGGAACUGCUUAUUGGCUAA